AUGAUGGCGAACUGGACCUUGUCUCCCACGAAAAGAUUCCCGGACCCCCAAAUAUACCUCCUUACCGUUGGAAUGAAUGACGAGGUGAUAAUGAACGCACUCGUGGCCUUCUACAAGGUUCUGGGCUGGACGGAUCUGGCCAACACGUACAAGGAUAAAGUGGCCUCAUACUAUCCCGGCCUCGAUUUAACGAAAACCAACUACAUACACUCAGGAGUUUCCUUCUCAUAUCGCCAUUCAAAGCCCUACCUAAGUCUUUAUUACUCGCCUUUCUGA